UAAAGUCAACAAGAAUCAAUCUAAAAGAAUAAGCUCUUCAAGUUGUAAUAUGUCGAAUGAGGAUACUUUAUCAAAAGUCAUUGCUGGUAUAAAAUAUCAUAACGUAAAAAACUCGACAUAUUUUCUACCUAGCGAUAAUGAAGAAGCUGAUAGAUUACAUUUACAGCAUUACAUAUUAAAAAAUGUUUGGCAAAGUAACUUUUUCGCCCCAGUUGAACAUCUUCUUAGACACGAAGGAGCAAAGGUUCUUGAUAUAGGAACUGGUGCUGGUUCUUGGUUAUAUGAAAUGGUUACUGAUUAUCCAAAUGCAAAAUUUACUGGAAUUGACAUUUCACCAGUUCAUUCUAAUCAUACCAAACCAAGUAAUGCUGAAGUUAUUAAUGGAAACGUAUUAGAACGUUUAGCAUUUGAUGACAAUACAUUUGAUUAUGUAUUUCAACGGGUAUUAUAUUCUGGAAUCCCUGAAAAUAAGUGGCCGUCUGUGAUUAAUGAGCUUGUCCGUGUACUAAAACCUAAUGGUUAUUUAGAGGCCGACUUUAAGCCUGACAAUAUGGGACCCGCAACAACGAAGAUUACUGAUGGCUUAUCAAUGUUGUUUCAUGAACAUGGCUUGGAUCCACAUGUAUGUUAUAAAUUACAAAAUCUUUUGGAGGAGCAGGGACAACUUCAUGAUAUUCAUUGUGAAAUAAAGAAAAAAAUUGAUACAAAAGAUGCCGUAGAAUUGCAAAAAUUGGAAACAUACAGGACUUUAAAACCUAAACUUGCAAAUGUAAUGAAAGUUAGGGAUGGCCACGCCGAAAAUGACCGACCGUUGCCAUCCCUAAUGAAAGUAUCUAACGAUGAAUAUGACGAUUUGGCUAACAAGAUGGAUGAUGAAUUAAGUAAGUUAAAAUAUGUUAACACACAAUGUUUAUGGAGAGUCGCUGGUGCUCUUACAAUAUUAGGACAAAUAAGAUAUAAAACUU